AUUUGCACAAGAGUGCCAACGGCAGGGAAGAGAAGGCAUGACACUUCACGAUCUGCAGGUGAGCAGGCACACGAUAGCAAUACCACGUCAGUAUAUUCUUUUCUGUGUGUUGUCAGUCGAAGCUCCUUCUUGUCGUGGACGAGUUGGUCACUCACCAGCAUGAUUAUGACGAAUCCAUUUGCCGCAGAGCCAGGACAAGACAGCACGUCAGGAGUCUGUCAGGGGCUGUUUUGAUCACUCAGUAUUCGAGCAGCAGUGAGUUUGAGGUUGACGCUGACGUGGGAGGCUGGCGUCAGCUAUACAAGACUUAUGACAAGGCCAAGCAGAGGAUGAGACACGCCACAUCACAGACAGUAAACGACACAUACACAGGGGAACCAAAACUGUGCAUUGCGCUUCUUUCUUUGCAGGGCAAUGGCCCUGAUGACGAUGACAGUGAGCCGCCAACAGACGUACGGGGGAUAAAACGCCGACAAUGCGUUCACUGACAGACACGUGUCUAUGCUUUCUUUUCCCUUUUAUGUCAGGUGAAUGGCCAUGGACAAGGCGAAGACGCACAGCUCAGAGAGCCUGCUGAUGGAGAGCGGGUGCUGGCGGUUGACGUCUCGUGUGCGGAUGGGAGCGAGCCGGCUGGACGUACGGUGGAGGCUUCAAUGGACGAAGACACGUGAGUACGGCAUGAGUCUUGUAACACACUGACUAGCCACGUACCUUGUGUACGUAUCAUCCGGGUAUGUUUUUCUCUGCCUUGCGAGCUUUUCUUUUUCUUUGUGAGCGCUUUCUUCUUCUGUGUGUGUAUGUGUGUGUGUGUGUGUGUGUCUGGGUGUUCAUGCAAUGUGAAGCCAGAUGAACGGGCAGGUUUCGACGAACGAAGAUAUAGAGGAGUAGGCCAUAAGUAUUCUAACACUGAUCGGAGACAUAGGAGGGCACAUAGGAGUGUGCACUGAUCGUGUUUGCUAUGUUUUCUCCCUCGUGAGGCCCUAUUUUUCUUCGUGGUGCCCUUUGUCUAGUUGCUCACGUGUCGUGUGCGUGUAGCACCCAUUGUCUGGCAUGUCACGGGAGGGGUUAUUUGUUUAGUUGUUCAGACAUGCCAUCUGUGAGUCGGGGACAGUCAUAUAUAACCGACUCGGUCCAUACGUGACAGGGACGGAAAUGCAAGACGCGAUAGUGCGAAACAAUGCCUCCCAUUAUAGACACAGCCUAUCUUUCUCAGAGACAACAAAUCCCUUCGCACAAACCGUUUUCCUCCACCCAGACAAAGUUAAGUGAGAGAGCGAAUUUUUCUGGCCAAGUGGUG